AUGGCCGACAUUACUGCUUCUUCUCCUAAACAAUCACCCCGGUCUCCCACUUCGCAAAAGUCGAAUGCAAGUCGCGAGGUAGUAGAAGCAGCGGGUCUUCACGAUGCUGACCAUUGGGCAAAUCUAGCUCAAGAACCUCAUGAUGAAGAUACUGAUUCAUCGCUUGGCAGUGAUGCUGGAUCGUCGACGGCAUCUAUGAACUCUAGUAUACUUAACUACCGCACUAUCAAAGGGAGGACUUACCAUUCGGAGAGAGGUAACGCGGAAUAUUGGGCAUCCAACGACGACCAGCAAAACGAAGCCAUUGACAUUAUCCAUCACUACCUCCUUUUGGCCCUCGAUGGAAAGCUUCACUUAGCUCCAGUGGGGGAUGAUGCCAAGUCUGUACUCGAUGUAGGCACAGGAACAGGAAUCUGGGCAAUCGACUUUGCGGAUGAGCAUCCGAACGCCGAACAAGUUAUAGGAACUGACAUUUCUCCUAUUCAACCUAGUUGGGUGCCCCCAAACGUCAAGUUUGAGAUCGAGGACUGUACUCAACCAUGGACCUUCUCUCCCAACACCUUCGACUUUAUCCACAUGCGAUAUCUAUAUGGUUCGAUUGGUGACUGGGGAGCUCUAUUCCAAGAAGCAUACCGCGCUUGUAAACCAGGUGGCUGGGUCGAGAGCUUUGAGGCAUCCCCUCGCUUAGAGAGCGACGAUGGUAGUGUCCAAGAAGGUAGCGCCAUGGGUGAAUGGGGCAAGUUCUUUAUUGAAGGUGGGAGGAAGAUGGGGAGGACAUUCACCAUCAUCGACGACGACCUUCAAAAGCUGGGCAUGGAGGAAGCAGGCUUUGUUGAUAUUGUUACUUGGGACUACAAGGCUCCUGUUGGCGCUUGGCCCAAAGACCCCAAGCUGCAAGAGGUUGGCAAAUUUGGGCACGCUGCGAUGGACCAGGACUUGGAAGGGUUUGUGCUUUACAUGGCAAGUUUCGUGCUGGGUUGGUCGAAGGAGCAGGUGACGGUGUAUUGCUCUCAGCUACGACGCGAGUUGCGUAACCUGAGACAUCAUCCAUAUUGUCGAUUGAGGAUUGUAUAUGGGAGGAAGCCUGAGUAG